AUGGCCAGUGAUUCGACCCUGACCGUCCUGGCCGGUGUCGCACUCCUAACCAUCUUGUACAUUGUGUCAUCGAGAGCCAAGAAUGCCAACUCGUCCCCGAAACCCCUCAAACUUCCCAUCAUCGGCGAUCUUCACAGCUCACCGCUGGAGAAGCCGCUUCUGCACUGGGAUGCGUGGACCAAGAUCCAAGGGCCAGUGGCCACGCCUAGACUCUUCGGCAUUGUUCCGUUUGUAGUCCUCAAUACGGCCGAAGCAGCAACUGAGCUCUUUAGUAAGCGCAGCGCGUACUACAGCAACCGGCCAAGCUCUGUUAGUAUGGAGAUGAUCACCGGCGCGGGCCCAGGAAAGUCCAGGUUUACAUUGAUGCACGACUACGAUUCGCAUUUGAAAUUGCAUCACCGUAUGCUAUCGCCCAGCUUGGGCGCUUUGGCUGCUCCACGUUACCAGCCUCUCAUGGAGUUGGAGUCGAAACAGCUUCUUCGAGAUGUUCUGAGUUCGCGUCCAGGAGACAAAGGAGAGUUGGUAAUGAAGAGCACCGAGAUAUACCCGCUGCUGGAGCGGACGCAGGGAAGCGUCAUCUUGGGCCUGCACUAUGGCAUACGGGUGCCGAGCCACGAUGAUUCUCUCUUUAGCGAAGUCGUCGAUACCCAGCAUAAGGUCACUUAUGUUGCUGCCAAUCCCAGUCUCGUCGACUUCAUACCUCCGCUACGCCGCCUCCCUGCCAUUAUCUCGCCUUGGCACCGGGCGGCUGAUAAGUUAUUCAUCGCGCAAAAGGAACUUUAUUCGAAACUGCUGGAAAGGGGGACAAAUGAGCCUGGCUGGAACGCCACAAAGCAGGCGCGUGCCGUGGCUACCAAGCAUAUGGAGGCUGGGAGUGUACCAGACUUGGACCUCGCCUUCACCCUAGCAACCAGCAUCCAAGGCGGUAUGGAGACAGGACCGAGACAGAUGCUGUGGCUACUUGUAGCCGUGCAAGAGAACCCCGGCUUCAUGGCCAAGGCUCAUGCUGUGCUGGAUGAGGUUGUGGGCUGGGAUAGACUGCCGAGGUUCGCGGAUCGGCCCAAGUUGGCUUACAUUGAUGCUGUGGUAUCCGAGGUAAUGCGUUGGCGCCCGAUCUCGCCUGGAAGCAUCCCGCGAAGAGCAGAUCGGGAAGAUGAGCUUAACGGCACCCGAAUUGCCAAGGGAGCAACGCUGUUUGCGAAUGCAUGGGCUAUUGGGAGAGAUUCGAAAGUAUUCAGCGAAGAAAAGGGUGAUCUCGGUACUUUUGUGCCGGAAAGAUGGCUGGAUGGAAACGCAAGAGUGCGUACGGAUCUUCCAUUGGCGGUGUUCGGCCAGGGUCGGCGCAGCUGCUUGGGUAAGCGUGUUGCGUUGGAUAACACGUUCAUGAUGGUGGCAAGUUUAUUGUGGGCUUUUGAUAUCGUGGCUAUCGAAAAGAUCGAUACGAUGGCUAUGGACGUCACUGGUUUCAUGACUGUGCCUUCCGAGUUCAAGUUCAGCUUUAAACCUCGUGGGCCUUGGGUUCAAGAGGUCAUUCAAAGGGAAUGGGAUGCAGCGGAGACGGAUUUGGAAAAGGUAAUGGGGCCCUGGGUAGACAUGGAGAGCUCCUAA